UUAGAUAUUUGACAUGUAUCAUUGCCUAGUAGACUUCUACAAAAUUUGUUCAAAUCAUGACCCCCGGGGUCAAAUUGACCCCCGCCCCAUGGGGUUACUUGAUUGUACAUAGAAAAAUCUUCAAAAAUUUCUAAAAAUAAACCAGAAGGUCUAGAGCUUAGAUAUUUGACAUGAAGCAUUGCCUAGUGGACCUCUACAAAAUUUGUUCAAAUCUUGACCCCCCCCCCCCUCCCCCAGGGUCAAAUUGACCCAGCCCCAGGGGUUACUUGGUUGUACAUAGGGAAAUCUUCAUAAAUUUGCUAAAAAUAAACCAGAAGGCCCAGAUCUUAGAUAUUUGAUAUGUAACAUUGCCUAGUAGACUUCUAAAAACUUUGUUCAAAUCAUGACCCCCGGGGUAAAAUUGGCUCCGCCCCAGGGGUUACUUGAUUGUACAUCGGAAAAUCUUCCAAAAAAAUUCUAAAAAUCAUCAGUUUGACAUUUGAAACAUGUAGCUCAUAUUUCUCAGGUGAGCGAUCCAGGGUCAUCAUGACCCUCUUGUUAUAAUUAUGAUUAAAGUAAACAUGAUACAACUUUUCAUUUUUGCGACUAUAUACUUACAUUGUUGAAUUUAUUUAAGAAUAUUUAAUGUAAUUGGUACUAAAUCUAUUCAGCAGAAAAUACUUUAAAAAUGCGCUAAAGUACAAAUAUUUGUAAAAUAUCACGCAGGAUAUGUACAAUGUACAUACUACAUGGGACAGCGAUUUCAAUAUUUCGGAACCAAGGUGCUUUUAUCAAUAGAUAUGUUUUACCGACUAUUGUUCAAGAUAAAUAUUGCAUAUGAACUCUUAUAGUUAGAGCAUUAAAGGGAGGUUAUACAAAACAAUAGAGUGAAUAAAACAUUCUAUCAUAUUCACGAAUAUUCAAACCUUUGACAAAUUUUAAAGAAAGUUAAUAUCAAAAAUAGGAUUUAACAAGAAAUGAAUCUAUUUUAUGUUCAUAAUGGAAAAUGUGGCAGCAACAUUUCAAACAAAGGCAUUAUGAACCUUUAAAGGGACUGACCUCCUGGUUAUCCGAAACAAAAUGUUUUUCUAGAUAUUUGGAAAUAAAUGCUAUAUUUCUCAACAAGGCCUUAAAAGUUAAUUACUACUUAAUUGUGUACUUCAAUAUCAGAGUCUAGAUCCUAUUAUUUCAGACAUUUUUUAUGAAAGAUUAUACAUUUUAUUUCAGGAUAAAGGAUUUGAUGAAAUGACAAGAUACUUUGAGAGUGCAUCUCUUGUCUCACCAGCUGGUCCAAGCGAGGUUACAUCUACUUCUACCCCCUGGAAUCAUGCAAGCAAUGUAGUUAAAAAAUAUCUCCAAAAGAGGGAGGAAACAUCCAUGAAGCCAGUACAAACUGUGAUUGAAAAAGCCCAAUCAGAAUUGAAGACUCUGUGUUUGAUGGAAACAAAUUCUGUUCUUAGAACCCGGAAAAAAGAUGCUUUAGUAAAUUUUUCACUUGAAUCUGUAAAUAAUGAGAUUCACACGCUGCUGCCAACUUUCACGGAGGUGAUCGAAAAAAGUGUGGCAAACCCAAGACAGGUAAAAAACAAAAAGAAAACGGGCAAAGCGGUUGAGGUGGAAAUCAUAUCAGCAGCAGCAAAACUUCUACAUAUCUACAAUAGAGAUUUAAAUCUGUUUCAAAAUUUAAACAGUAUCAUUUUGUUACAAGGAGGGUGCAAAAAAUCUGCAUUUCAAAGACUUUCUGAGACUGGCCAAUGUAUGUCAUAUCAAGCCACUUUGGAACUUGCGGAUAAACUAUCUGAAGAGUGGAUCAAACUGAUGAGAAAAUGGCAAACUGAUGUUGUUUCUGAUUAUCAAAUUGAAGAUAGUAUAUUGAAACAAAAUUCUGAAGUAGACGAAACGAUUGACUUUCUCGCGUCAGAGUACAUGCAAACUCAAGCAUCAACUAUGGAGCUUGAAAGUUUACACCAAGAUCUAGUAAAACAUAGAAAUAAUAUGCAUCCCGGAUACUACUUCGUAGGGGACAAUGUGGAUAUGAAAACUGAUGUCAGGCAAAUGACAAAAACGAAUCAGAGAAAAGAUCACCACAUGUUCAAUAUGUGCGCGUAUAUGAAUAGAGUAUCCGGUAAUAUGUUGAAUGAUACACAGCCUAAAGGAAGUACAAAGUCGGUGCAUUUCAGCACAUUUGUACCGAACAAAACAGAUAACACAAAGCUGAUUGGCCACUUUGCUUUUCUUGUCGCUCAUGAGUGGUGUGAGUAUUUAUUUACCUCUUGACAACUACAUAUGUCAUCCGUACAUGAAAGAGACAAGCUCAAAAUCACAAAGGAUAAAUAUGGGUGUCUUGAUGCGAAAUGAACAGUACAAUGAUCAGAUGGUAUACAUAUGCCAGUUCUACCACAGACAUGUCCCAAUGCAUGAUGACAGUGAAGAAAGCUCUAGAACAAAACCUGUUAAGAUCUUAAGCGGGGGUGACUACCUCACAUUUGAACGGCAUAAAUCAGCACAAGCCAGCAUGGCAAACGGAAACACCCCUAGUAGUCGUCUGGAGGGUCUUGUGCCCAAAAUGGAGGAGUUCCACAACCAGGCAGAACUGCUGAAGGUCAUAUGGAACAUUUUGUAUUCCACACAAUCCUCCAGAGAAACUGGGACCCUGUAUGCUGCAAGAAAUGCAUUGGACGCCAAAAAUGUUACAAACAAUCCUGCAGAUGACUUUUAUGCCAGUGCCGAAUUACUAAAUAAAUUUUCAUCUGCAUACAUCAUAUGUGGCGGAAUCCAUCACUUCGGCAUGACGAAGCUCGAAGACGAGCCUUCUGAAAAUGCAUACACUGGACCUAUUGGCUCAGAAAUUGACAUGAAGAACGUUGUUAUGAAAGAAGCAAAAGCAUUCUUGGAAAAAAACGUUGUGUUUGAUGUUCCACAAAUACCGCCAUAUGGAAUUCAGAAUAACUUACUUGUUUGCCGAUUUUGUGGUAAAUCAUACAAAAAGCAAAAGUCUCUAAGAAAGCAUGAAGCAUUGUCUCAUAAUGUAGAUGAUCCACUUUUUCAAGAUGAAACACAAAAUGUCUCAAACAUACAGGACACAUCAUUACCAGAAUCAAAGGAUUUUGUUCUUUAGCACACCAGGUGUACACUACUCCUAUGUUUGUUACACAAAAAUCAUUCAGACGCGAUAGAGAUGGGUGAUGGCCAAAGAAUAAUGGAAUCUGAUAAAUAUCUGUAUCUUUUAUACAAAUUAAAUAGUUGUCCAAAAUAUGCAUAUGGAAUUCUUGAAACACUUGCACAGUGUAACGUCCUUCUGUCGGAGAGGAAAGCCCAUCAGCUGGUGUGGAACCGUACUGUAAAUUACCAAGGUAAACUAAAUACCAACUUCCCUAAUGAUCUGGAUAUAGAACACCAGAACAACACGUUUAAAAACCAGAUUCACAGUUACAGGGGAACUUUCACGGAAAGAGCUAUUAACAGAGUCAGCAGAUCUGCUGUAACUUGUGACAAAGUGUUAAAAAAUUACGACUCUGUGAUCGGCGUAUUCAGACCAAGUGGGAAACAUACCAGUCUAAAUACAUCAGAGGAUAUUCUCGCACUUGUUAAACAAAUUCAAGUACGAAACGUAUAUAGUUACUUGCCCGGACGUGCAUAUAAUGGUAUGAAAGAAGUCCACGCAAACCCUUUUCACAGUCUUGACGCUGACAAACUGAGAGACUGGAUCUCUUCAUCAUUGAAAAAAUUCUCAGAAGAACAUUUUACUGAGUUAUUCAGACAUUUCAUCGGAAUUAUUCAAAACCCUUGCCUUUUUCGAUCGGUAGCCUUCAAAAUCGGAAUCUGUUAAAAAUCCUGUACUACUGUCAGAAGUAUCAGACGAUGUUUCUUCUUUUGAUGCUUCCAACAUAGAUUUUAAAACUGUGCUUUCUUCAUAGUUGCAGACAGAUUCACAGUUACCAACAUUUUGACACGUACACUGACACUUGCAUACUUCUGAACAUACAUCACAACAGUUGUAUAUUGGAUGAGGUGAUGGUAUAUGUUCUUCCGUGGUAAAAGAACGGAUGAGCUUUUUCCGGCGGCAUGUGGAUGACAAUAGGAAUUCUUUCACUGAUUUAGUUAUAUUUUUGCUUCCAGUGCAACGCUUAUACUUCACAGUGAUAGCAUGGCAGUUUUGGUUUGGAUCACGACCAGCUCUCCCUGUCUCCUGUAGAUAGUCCUCAAUGUCAUUUGAUGGACCGUAAUGCACUACCGUAUCUACACCCUUAACAUCAAGACCCAUGCUGAAAGAAGUGGUACACAAAACUACCCUUAAGAAUGAGUUUUCAUCUUGAAAUGAGCUACAUAUAGAGUCUUUAACAGAAUCUGGAGUUUUCAUGUGGAACAUGUCCAUUAGAGAGAUUCCCUCUUUUUCAUGCGUGGCCCGUGUAUCAUUUUCUAAUUCAGCUCUAACGUGUUUGUAGACAGUUGCCAUGUGAUCUACUUUGCGGAAAAAUAUAAUAAUUCUUGGUGCUUCUUUAGCAUGUUCCCUCAAAAGUUUUAUGAGCCAGCCAAAGUUUUCGCGCACAUUGUCACUUUUUACUUGAUGGACAGCAUAUCUGAUAUUAAGUUUAUUUGGUGAAGAUAUCACAUCUACACACUGUGUCAUGCACAGACACUGUUUAAUUAGUUGUUGUGUUUCUAGCGCUGCAGUUGCUGUAAGAGCUAUCACAGGGACUUCUGGGCCAGCAAGUGAUCUUAAUUCGCCAAGUUUUCCAUAAAGUGGCCUGAAUGCUGGCUGUUUUGUUGCUGAUGACAUUUGACCACUGAAAUAAAAAAAAAUCAUUAGCAAGACUUAAACAUUUGAUGGUUGUACAUUUUUAUGUAUGUUAUUUGAUCGAGGAUAAAUUACAUAUCUAUUGUA